AUGUCUUACGUCGAAACACUGUACAAUCACUCGGCUCCACCACCCGGUUUCACAAAUACUUCAUCGGCAAAAGAAUCACAGUUGAUUGACCUAUUGAGUGAAGUCAUUGGCCAAUGCAAAGCGUAUCCACAUUUUUCAGAAUCUCGAGUGAAAGAAACCAACUUAUUAUUGAAAGUUACACAAAUUUGGUUAUCGUCAACACCAUUAUCAUUCAGCAAUAAUUCUACAAAUGAUUUUGUACAAAAUCUAUUUAGUGACGUUUUAAAAUUAGUACAAGAAAUUAUAUCAAAUGAUGAUUUCAAACAAAAACAACAAUUACAACUUUUACAAUUAUUACCUUCACCUGAGAUUGAUAAUCCAUCAAUUAUAUGUUUGAAACCUUCAUUGGAUGAAGGUUUUCAGAAUAAAAUUUACAAUCAACAAUCUCAGUUAUGUUCAGCGUUAAGUGAAAGCAACGGUUUAUGUCCAUUAGAAGAACAAACGAAUCAGGAUGUAUCAACUGUCAUUGAUAUAAUUCAUGAACCGAUCAAUGACAACGUUAAUUCAUCAAUAAUCGAGAUUAUUAAUGACGAAGGAAAUUUCUCACUUGAUGAUUUAGCAUCUGAAUAUUUACAAGAUAAUAUUAGUGAUUUGUCUGGACAAAAUCUUGAAUCACAUUGUGUCAAUACACCGAUUAUUAUUGCUGAAAUAAUACAGACAAAAGAAACGGAAUCAGCAACAAUACCAAAUCUAAAUGACUUAGAAAAACAUUAUAUUGAAACCGAUAAUAAUACAAACAUUGAAACAACUCUUCCUUCGCCACAGGCAUUCAUGUCUACAAUUAUGAAGAAUAACAAAACAAUGCAUUUAGAUUUAAUCGAUGAGAAAAAGGUGUCUAUUGAAGAUAUUUUAUUUUCCAUACGAUUAACGUCGAACGAGGCAGCCGAUAAUUGUGUAAUAUGGAAGCAACCAAGUAAAUUUGGUCAAAUUUUAUGUGAACCUGAAAAACAAUGUGAUAUAACCAUCGUAAACUCAAAACAACACGAAGAUAUCAAUACAUUUUUUAAUCAUGAUUUGUAUCAGAAAUUAUCCCAUGUAAUCCAAGCGUUACCAAAACAUUGCAUGAGACAAUACCAAACGCCAAAUAAACCAGUACGAAAUAACGAUAAUCAACGUCGAUACAACAAUCAACAACAUAAUCAUCAACAGCAACAGCAACAACAUAAUCAUCAACAGCAACAGCAACAACAUAAUCAUCAACAGCAACAGCAACAACAUAAUCAUCAACAUCCACAACAACAACGUCAAAUGUCGUCUACAAGUAAUAAUAAUAAUACUAAUAAUCAGAUGGAACGUCCAUGCUUAAAUCGUUCUAACGAACAAUAUCCGAAAAACUAUUACCAGCAACAACAACGUUCAUCGUAUAUACCUUCAAACAAUCAACCGUAUUAUCCGCAAAAUCAAUCAGAUCAAUAUUAUGAAGAACAUGUGUCUAGCAGUAGUAAUAAUAGGCGAAAUAGAAACAACACAAAACCGUUUCAUCAAGCAAAUGACAGACCAAACGUAUCGGAGUCAACACUCUCACCAUCAAAACAACAAAAGACUCAAAAACAAUUUAAUCAAGAGCUAUCUAUCCAUAAAACUCCCGCUAUAAAAAAUGCACAUGAUUCUCAGUCUACAACAUAUAAUAAUGCAAAUUCGAAUAAAAAAAAAGGCCCAGAUCCGUCCAGAACUCGUAUUUUUGAAAAUUCAAAUAAUCCAGUCGAUCAAACAACUCCGAUGCUAAAAGUGAAUCGUACUCAGGUAAUUUGA